AGGCUCUGAAGUACGAGUGUUACCUGGACAGCUCCCUGGUUCGUUUCCUCCUGAGACGAGCCAUCGAAGACAUUCGCGUCGCACACUAUCUGUUUUGGCUGCUGAAGGACAACCUCCAGGACAGUCAGUUCAGUGCUCGCUACCAGCACAUGCUAGCUGCUCUGCUGUGUUGUGUGGGUGGCGGCCUGAGGGAAGAGUUUGACCGUCAAGGCUGGCUGGUCUCCAUCCUCACCAACGUUGCUCACAAGGUCCGGGACGCGGCGCCUUCCAGCAGACAGUCUGUCCUCAGAGAAAGUCUGGAUGAAAUGAAGCAGUUCUUCUCCAUCAACAGCAGCUGUAGACUUCCUCUGAACCCCACCCUGCUUGUCAAGGGAAUCAACAUCCAGGUACAGCACCAGACUGUGUAUGUGUGGAUGACAUAUAUUUUUACAUCCCUGAAAAUGACUUUUGUAAUUUGUGUUGUUGGGACUCUUGACUUUCCAAAUAUACAUGUCUCACGAGAGUUUAGCUAUAUUGUGGAAAUUAAGG